AUGGCCUCCGAAAUUCUCAAGCAUGUCUCAUACCCGACCAUCGAUCGCCCUUUUGGCGUGCACCUAUGGCCUCUCUUCGACCAGGCCUAUGAGAAGGUCAUGGGCUAUCCCGCCAGCGAGUUCAAGUUCAUUCAGGGUGUGACCCCUCUGUCCACCUUGAAGGAGACCACAAUGAUGCUUGUCACCUAUUAUGUCCUUAUCUUUGGUGGCCGUGAAGUCAUGAAGAAGCUGCCCGCAUUCAAGCUCAACACAUUGUUCAUGAUCCACAACUUCUUCUUGACCACAGUCAGCGCCAUCCUGCUGGCUCUGUUCAUUGAGCAGCUUCUGCCCACUCUCUGGAGACACGGAGUCUUCUACACUAUCUGCGACCACAGCGGUGGUUGGACUCAGCCCCUCAUCAUUUUGUACUACCUCAACUACAUCAACAAAUACGUCGAGUUCAUUGACACCAUCUUCCUGGUCCUCAAGAAGAAGCCCUUGACUUUCCUCCACACCUACCACCACGGUGCCACCGCUCUCCUCUGCUACACUCAGCUUAUUGGUGUGACUGCCGUGCAGUGGGUGCCCAUCACCAUCAACCUGCUGGUCCACGUCGUCAUGUACUGGUACUAUUUCCAGAGCGCCCGUGGCGUCCGCAUUUGGUGGAAGAAGUACAUCACCAUGCUGCAGAUUCUGCAGUUCGUUAUCGACGUCGGGUUCAUCUACUUCGCCUCGUACACUUACUUCACCUCCGCCUACUUCCCUUGGCUCCCCAACAUGGGCCAGUGUGCCGGUGAGGAAUUCGCUGCCCUGGCUGGUAUCGGCAUCAUCAGCUCCUACCUGGUCCUGUUCAUCUCCUUCUACAUUGCCACCUACAACAAGACCGCCAAGACCGGACGCCCCCGCCGCAACACCGGCCAGAAGUCGUUGAUCGACAUGAAGAACUUCGAGAUCCCUUCUCCCGUCGGUACCCAGAACGGUGCCGCCAAGUCCACUGGCCGCUCCAACGGCCCCGUGACUCGCUCCCGCAAGGCUUAA